GGUUGAACCACUUUGUCUGUAUUAGGGUUUUGUUUAUCCUAACUGAUCUUCCGCCUGCCUCGGCAAUUCAGUAGAGUUGGUUGCGUGCUGUUGGCGUGUUCCCUUCGUUUCACUGUGCGAAUAUGAGUGCUCAGCCUGAUCAUAUCAACGCAGUGGUUAUAGGACAUGUAGAUAGUGGGAAAUCCACUACUACCGGUCAUCUAAUUUACAAAUGCGGUGGCAUUGACAAACGUGCUAUCGAAAAGUUUGAGAAAGAGGCUGCUGAGAUGGGUAAAGGUUCUUUUAAGUAUGCUUGGGUACUGGAUAAACUGAAGGCAGAACGCGAGCGUGGUAUCACAAUCGAUAUUGCACUAUGGAAGUUCGAUACCAAUAAGUACAAAGUCACAGUUAUUGAUGCACCUGGCCAUCGUGACUUCAUCAAGAACAUGAUCACAGGAACAAGUCAGGCUGACUGUGCAAUGCUGAUUGUUGCGGCUGGUGUUGGUGAGUUUGAAGCUGGUAUUUCCAAGAAUGGUCAAACAAGAGAACAUGCAUUGUUGGCAUACACGUUGGGUGUCAAGCAGUUGAUUGUCGCAAUUAAUAAAAUGGACUGCACUGAACCACCUUUCUCUGAAGAUCGCUACAAAGAAAUCGUCAAAGAAGUGUCCGGCUACAUUAAGAAAGUCGGGUACAAUCCCGCUGCAGUUCCAUUUGUGCCGAUCUCUGGCUGGCAUGGUGAUAAUAUGGUAGAAAGGAGUACAAACAUGCCUUGGUUUAAGGGUUGGGAAGUUACUAGAGUAAAGGAUGGAAAGAAUGUUACUGACACUGGCUACACAUUAAUAGAAGCAAUAGAUAAGAUGAAUCCACCCACAAGAAUGACUGAAAAACCAUUGAGAAUACCACUACAAGAUGUUUACAAGAUUGGUGGCAUUGGUACCGUUCCUGUUGGUCGCGUGGAAACUGGAAUUAUAAAACCUGGUAUGGUCGUCACCUUUGCUCCGCAAAAUUUGUCGACUGAAGUCAAGUCAGUCGAGAUGCACCAUGAAGCACUCACCGAAGGUCUCCCCGGAAGCAAUGUUGGAUUCAAUGUGAAGAACGUGCCUGUCAGUGAUAUCCAUCGCGGCAAUGUUGCAGGUGAUUCCAAAAAUGAUCCUCCUAAAGCAGCUGAGAGUUUCAUGGCGCAAGUAAUUGUCAUGAAUCAUCCAGGUGAGAUCAAAAAUGGCUAUUCUCCAGUCCUUGAUUGUCAUACUGCACAUGUUGCCUGCAAAUUUAGUGAAAUAACCGAGAAGCUUGAUCGACGUUCAGGGAAGGUGAUUGAAGAAAAUCCAAAGUUCAUUAAAAAUAGUGACGCUGCGAACGUGAAACUUGUACCGUCCAAACCCAUGUGUGUUGAGACAUUCCAGGAGUACCCACCGCUCGGUCGCUUUGCUGUUCGAGAUAUGAAGCAAACAGUAGCUGUCGGUGUCGUUAAAAGUGUCGUCAAGAAAGCUGAUGCGGUUAAAGUUACGAAGUCCGCUGCAAAGGCUUCGAAGAAAAAGUAACUUAUACUUUUUAGUAUACCAAUUAAACUUAUUGGAUAAAAACUGCUUUUCUAAAAUUGCUUGAUCAAAUCUUGUGUUUAGUAUUGUAUGUGUGAUUAAGUAGUUUUGUCGACUGUUUAGGUUAUGUCGAGCGGAUUCUUGUUUAUGCGUCACUUAUGUAGUACUCAGUCGAAUGGGGCCUUGUUAAAUUAGGUCUGGGUGACACGGUCUGAGUUUUGGAUCUCAGUGUGCGUUAUUCCAGGGUUCUGAUGCUUUGCUAAUCAAGAAAGUGUCGUUUGCUCCUGCUAGUGUAACAAGAAUGCGUGUAGGCCGUCUAAAGUCUUAAUCCCAGGUUGUUCAGCUGUCGUAUGCGUGGAUAAACCGUUUCGUUGAAACAGCGAACCUAACUGAAAGAUUUUUUGUACGGUAUUGUCGUGAGGGUACUUUUGAUGUAAAUUGCUGUGUCUCUACUCGUAUAACAUUUCAGUUUGAGAAUGCAUCCUCGGGUUUCCAGCUAUUUAUACCGUUGUGCCGAUAGAUAAUGACACCAGGAAAGUAUGAUGGCUUUUGUUAAUGGGAUUAAACCUCCAGACCACUAAGUUUCAGGUUGGGACACGGUAUUAAUUCCCGUUUCCUGAAGGUAUGUUGUGUUGCACGAGAGGUUCGUUAGUUAAGUAUUCAGCCUUGAGUGAGUUCUGGUACGCAAUAUGGAUCCAUGCAUAGAAGGUCAUCAGGCAUUCUAGGAUUUCAGUUCUUCUGGUGAAAUCAUUCUAGGGUGAGUUGUGACUUGCUCGCUUUAUAGGUAGUUGGACCUAAGCUGUUGGCAAAUCAAUGCUAGUCGUGGUGACGGAGGUCGUUUCCUCAACACCGCGCACUUAUAUCGAAGGCAAUUAUCGUGUACGAUUUAGGUCAGUACACUUUAGAGAUUAUUAUUAAGCACUAACUUCUGGACAGUCCAAGCAAUUCGUUCAAAUCAUUUUGGAGAUCUGUCCUGUCGGUGUCACUACAGAUUACUUGGCGAAUAUUUACAUAGUCUUCAAACAAAAUUGAGAAACGUCCCACUCCGUUAGCGUUGAGUAGUGUUGUAGUGAGGCACUGGCACACCCCUCUCCAUCCAAAAGCACUCAGUUUAUUGAUAUUCUCAUCGGUCUCACAGUACGUGCUUGGUCCAGGCUUUUAUUAUGUUAUUCUCAAGUUAGAAGUUUUGUGCAUAGGUCCUACAGAGGUUCCGUAUCGAAUGUUUAUUAAAACCGGUAAAUAUUACCGGAAUUCAUCCGUGCCUGUACCUAUGGAUUGGGAUAACAAAACGUAAAGGACUUAUUCCCUUGACGUGCUUGAAGUCAAUUUGUCAGAAUUCACUUUUCUAUCAGUGUACCUCAGUAAUGUAUAAAGAUAAUUUGGUGUCGUCAGUGAUUUCCGUUCCGCGUCAAACACAGUUGUUCGCUAUUCUCAAUCAGAAAGCCUAAUGUUUCAAUUUAAAAAGCUUCAAGAGCAUAAACGCUUAGGAGUAGUGAUAAGUCGUGAUUUAAAAACAACUACGCAUUGCAAAGCAGCCGCUGUCAAAGGUUUUCGUGCGUUAUGGUCGCCUCGCCGAGCAUUCAGAUCUUUUGACGAGGAAAACGUUUCGGAUUUUAUAUCCCAUAUAUGUAAGACCACAUUUAGAGUACUGUAUCCAAGCAGCUAGCCCGUGUCUGGUGAAGGAUACUAACUCCCUUGAGUGUGUCCAGCGUGUGGGAACGAAAUUAGUGAAGGUUGUUUCUAGACUCCCUUACGAUGAGCGUUUAAAACGCCUAAAUCAUUCCCCCUUAUCUUAUCGUAGGACACGAAGUGACCUUAUACUGGCAUUCGUAUCUCUAAUUAUGAUUUGGGUGUUAAUAUGUCUUAUCUUUUUGCUCCCCCAGCACUAAUAAUCUCCGAGGUCAUAGUAAGAAGGUUCAUAAACCACGAUCUAAUAAACUUAAAGUGGGGUCCCGUUUUUCUCAUCGAGUAGUCAAUCAUUGAGACGCCUUACCCGAACAAGUGGUAUUAGCCCCAUCAGUGAAUACUUUCAAGGAGAUGCUGGACCUUCACUGGAAAGCGAUGUGUCAAUAUUAAUACAGGUUCACCAACCUACUAUCCUUAUUACUGAAGACUGGGUGGUGAAUCCAAUUAUAGAAAGCGGAUAGGUAUUUGUUCAGUCACUAUUUAAUUUCCCGAAUUCAUUUCAGGGUAUUAAAAAGAUGGUUAGUAGUUCUAAAACUUGAAGUUAUUGACGAAAAUGACUUAUAGUACUCAGUAAUAUAUUGUACAACUGUCCAAAUAAAAAAAACGGUGUUAGCGACAAGUGUUAAGACUGUAGACAACUAUUUGUUUUUAUUCCGAACUAGUCAUCUCAGUGCGUGUCAAUAUUUUAUGUAAGAUGGUAAUCCGGUGACCUAUUUCAAACGUUAUACGAUUGUUUUUUCCGCUGUCCAAACAAUCGAUAAUAUAUAAAAUUGUUUUAGAAAACCAAUUUAUGAAUUAUCAGUUCAGUGCACUAUCAAGUAAGCUGAAUGACAUAAACAGAACACUAGUAUUUUAACUAAACUAAAUGAUGUAAAGUGGGAUUACCCCAAUUAUCUCAUCGGCAUUCACUCAACUUAGAAUUUAAUAUCGAUCGGCCGGUACUAUUAUUAAUAAAACAAGCUAUCACGUCCGACUGAUCGCAUAGUGUUUUUUUCAUUAUUAAACUCAACUCUGCAGGCAAGAAAAUGAUGUAUGUAGUGGUUUUGUUUUGGAAUGUCUGGGUGGUAUAUAUAUCAUUCCCAAUAGUGUAACAUGCUUGGAAAGUGCCAUAGGACUGACCUGAAAAUAGUUUCUGGUGCUUUGUACAGAAAUAUCUUGGAAAAUUCAAACUUCUUUCAAGUGUAAAGAAAAUACGUUUACCCUACGGUGGUGUGACAACUUAUUACUCCCAUAAUGUAUCGUCUCCUUAACAUUUCGAAAUAUCAUUUUGUUUACAUGGAAUGAACAACAUUGAUGAAAAAUGGAAAAGAGUAACGAAAACUGAUUACCGAUUAAAGAAACAGACUAAAAAGAGCUGUGACCAUGGAAGAAUGAAAGAUCGUAUGUGCUACUUUUGCACACAAAAUUCAGGCUUGAAUUGUUAAAGCUUCUGCAGUGCACAAGGUUUUAAUUUCUGCUCCCUAUGAGCCAGCUUGUUUGGACGUGUAUAUUAUUCAAUUGGGAUAACCUGACAAGAAUUGAUGAGAAGUUACUAGGCUGAUGAUCGUGUUACAUUCUCCUUUUAAGGGCUAAUCAAGCUACAGUUCUGAGAUGAGUUUUGGUGAGCACUUACUGUUUUCUAUCAAUUUAAUUUGUCCCACAAGAACAAGUAAAUUUAUAGAUGUACAUGAUUUAAUGAAGAUGCUUAUCCUUAGCACAUCCGUGGCUGAUACUACGGAUAGCGAAGACAAUAUAAAAAUUUACAUAGUAUGAAGUCAUCCUCAAAAAUUUCGGAAUUCAGUUUUCCAGAAUGUUUAUAUGGAAGGAAUUUUCUCGUGCUGCCAGUAUCAGUUGAUAAUGUUGAUACUAUUUAUCACAAAACUAAGUACUAUUAUUCGUCUUUUCUUUAAUGAUCUGUGUUCGGAAUGUAAGGUUUGGACCUGAUAUCAUUUUAAAGCGCAACAUGUAUAAAUAAAACAAAGUUAAACUACAAAUAGACUGUAACAAUGUUUCUUCUCAUUACGGGUUUCGGUCACUUCAACUUAAUGUCAUUAGUGUUUUCUACCCGAAAGCAAUUUAGACCCAACCAAUUCUUCCUUUUUGUCAUUCAUUCAAAUACCACUAUAUGAUCAGUCAGUGAGCUAAAAUGUAGGACCAGGCACACAUAUACAUCUGUCAAAGUUGUCACACAUUAACACAACAAGAUGAACACCAAAUUCAUUGAAGUAUUUACUUCAAUGAUAGUAAUAUAUAAAAGAAAAGUUGUGUUUAAGGAUAUAAUACAGGAAGAAGGAAUUAGAAAGGUAUGAAGUAAUUGUAAUCUCACGGUUUAAUAAAACACAAAGAGUGCGUACACCGAUGCCAUUGUGGUCGAUUCUGAGCCUUGUCAACCAGAAUCUCCAAACAUUGGUUACGAUAGUCGCGCAGACCCCGACCAAGUAGUUUGCAUCUGCCAACAUGGCUCAGACUAGAAGUUAGUAACUUCAAGGACUGAUGCAGCGUCUUGUUUUGGCCACACCUAACUUUCUUCCAACUAUCCCCAACACUAAUCAGCAUUCCACGUCGUGGUAAUCGGUGUCCAGGAAUACGUAACACUUGGCCCAACCAUCUCAGUCGAUGGAGAUUUACAACCUUACCGACUGACUUACCAUCAUUCCCCAAUACCUCGCGUCUAACCUCACUAUUACUUACCCGGUGAUCCCAACAGACGCCAGCAAUAUUUAUAAGGCAUCUGUUGUCAAAUACUAGUAGCUUACAAGUGUCUUCUACUCUUAAUCUCCAUGUUUCGCUGCCGUAAAUUAAAACAGAACGGACUGCCACGCAGUAUACUCGUCCUCUUAUUGAUAGACAGAUAUCUCGCCUUCGCCAUAGGUGACGUAAGUUGGCAAAAGACAAACGAGCUUUUCGAAUCCGUGCAGAGAUUUCGUCAGACACCAAUCCAUUAGGGCUGAUCAGACUUCCAACAUAAGUGAAGUUGUCAACGCGUUCGACUACUUCACUCCCUAUCCUUAAUUCAAGUGUUCACGCAGACCAGUCCUGAAGCAACAGCUUGCAUUUAGAGGUGGAGAAACGCAUCUCAAACAUUCUGGCAUUGUUGCUUAGUGCUACCAAAAGACUGCAAUUUAUCAGUGUUUCCACCAAACUGGACUAUGUCAUGUGUAUAUUAUAAGUCAAUAAGUGGAUCUCCUGUUAGAUCAAGUCCCGAAAAUUCAGACGAAGAUAACGUUAUUCCCAGUAAUAGAUUUAUGAUGAAACUAAGCAAUAAUGGAGAUGAUGGACAGCCUUGCCAGACAUCACUUGGGGUUCUAAAUUCAGAUGGCAGUUCACCGUAAUCUCUGACCCGACUGGUAGUGUUCGAGUAAAUAGCCUGCACAAGGUUUAUGUACUUCUGAGGUGUACCUUUCAAUGACAGUCACGGACACAGAACCUCUCAGUCUACAGUGUCAAAUGCUGCCUUUAAGUCAAGAAAAACCACCAUUUUCGAACGCUGAUAAGUAUGUCUGUGUUCUAGAACCUGGCGAAUGGUGGAUAAGUGGUCAAUACAGCCACGAUCAGGUCUGAAGCCAGCUUGAUUUUCUCGUAUUUGCAGUUCAUGAGUCUUUGUUAGGCGUCCGAUAAUUAUUGAGGCUAGCAUUUUAGAUGCUAUAUUAGUCAAACCAAUCCCUCUAUGGUUGUCACAGGAUGAUUUUGACCCUUUCUUAUAUAUUGGGACAAUCAGUGAUUGUGACCAGUCAGAUGGGAUUACGUCCAACUCCCAAAUUCUAGCCAAAAUAUUGGUCAGCCUAAUCGCUAAAAUUGGACCACUAUCCUUAAAUACCUCUGGAGCCAAUCGAUUUGGACCAUCUGGUCUUCCUCGUUUCAGAUUAGCUAUAGUUUUCUGAACUUCAGCUAGAUUUGAAAGUUAACGUAGGAGGGAUAAUAGCAAUUAAAGAAGGAGAUUGAUUAUGAAUAUAGUGGUCUUGAGUGCUGUUAGAGGUCUAAGGGCAGUCAUCACUUCUCAGCUGCCCACACAGUGGAAGGGUUCUUCUGGAGGUAUCUGGAAAGGAAAUUGGGUUAAAGUUGGACCUGAGAGCGUGACUGUUGUGCCUAAGGUACAACUGCUUGAAAUCGACCACGCACAACAAUUUUUGUGUUAGCUCCGUAUUUGUUGAGACCUUAUCACCGAAGACGGACAUCCGUGGGAUAACGCGAGGUGUGUAUUUUUAGGAACGACCUUUUCUAACCCGGUCCAUCCUUGUGGGAAGGCAGCACCACUGUUAUGCUGGUUUUCUGAAUGAACCAUCAUACUGCCGUCACACCUCUGUACCGUCAGGAGUACGACUUCGCCUUCGCACCUUGGGUUUGUUGCUUUUAGUCUUACCGCUCCUCACCCGAUCUGUCUGGUAUGGUAGGACCUUGAGGGACGAUUGUUAUAGCCAGUAUAGCUCGAUUGGUUCAUCAUGAUAGGCCAUCCCGACCACCCCUUCAAGCUAGCAGCAACGGUCGGAACUAUAUGAUCACAAACUUAGAAAAGGUAACGAAAAAUGUGUACAAUUUUGAAGCUGAAAUUAGAUCAGAGGUUGACUCACUCAAUUAGUUUGGUAACUAUUUUCUGGAUUUUAAUCAAUAUUUAAAAUCUCUCACACAAUACUGAUUCAUAGUAUAAUUUUGGUUUCAGUCAUAAACCGUUCUUAUUUAAAAAAAUAGUUUUAUUCUAGGGAUUUUGACAGUACGCUUCGCUUACUCAGUACUCAGUACAAUGUGGGAGACCGAGCGAGUCUCGCAAGUUGCUGCAGAAAUGAAGAGAUGCAACCUGAAGGUGCUUGGAAUCAGUGAACUCACUGGACGCAGGUUGGACAACAAUUAGCUUCAAGAGAGCUUCUGUUGUACUCCAGUCAUGAAGAAAAAAAUGCUCCACAUACACAAGGAGUUGUAUUGAUGCCAUCAAAACAAGCACAAGAAGCGUUUAUGGGAUGGGAAUCUCAUGAACUAAGGAUCUUCAAAGCCUCCUUCAAAACACAGAAAGAGGGCAUUGCAAUGAACGUCAUCCAAUGCUAUGCGCCUACCAACGACUACAAUGAAGACGCUAAAGAUCAAUUCAACGAUAGGCUGCAGUCAAUCGUCGAGAUGUGCCCAACAAAGGACCUGACCAUUCUGAUGGGAGAUUUCAAUGACAAGGUUGGAAUGGACAACACCGGUUAUGAAGACAUCAUAGGGCGACAUGGACUGACUGGGAGAAAGGAACGAAAAUGGUGAGAGAUUUGCAAACCUAUGUGCCUUCAAUAAACUGGUCAUAGGCGGCACUUUAUUCUCACA